UUGAGAGUGGAAGAGGGAGGAUAGUUUCCAGUGCAAUGGAGGUACAGAGUGUGCAAGCUAUUGCCUUCUCAUCUCUCACCACCAACACCAUCCCUGCUGAAUUCAUCAGGCCAGAGAAGGAACAGCCUGCUCUCACCACAUUCCGCGGCCCGGCCCCGGAGAUCCCAACCGUCGAUCUCUGCGACCCAGAUCAGGGGAACCUGGUCCGUUUGAUCGCAAAUGCUAGUAAAGAGUGGGGGAUAUUCCAGGUUGUCAACCACGGGAUACCUUCUGAUGUCAUCAGCAACUUGCAGGCUGUCGGAAAACAGUUCUUCGAACUCCCGCAGGAAGAAAAAGAAGCAUACGCCAAGCCCUGCGGCGCCCAGAGCGUGGAAGGCUACGGAAACAAACUCCAGAAAGAUCCCGACGGAAAAAAAGCUUGGGUGGAUCACCUUUUCCAUAGGACUUGGCCACCUUCGGUAGUCAACUACCGUUUCUGGCCCAAGAACCCUCCUUCUUACAGAGAGGCGAACGAAGUGUACGCAAAUUACGUACGUGAGGUGGCGGAUAAACUGUUCACAUGCCUCUCUCUGGGGUUAGGGCUGCGAGGAGAUGCACUAAAAGAAGCAAGCGGCGGGGAGGAGAUGGAAUUCAUGAUGAAAAUAAAUUAUUACCCACCAUGUCCUCAGCCUGAUCUAACGCUUGGAGUGGUGGCCCACACAGAUUUCUCCGCCCUUACCCUUCUUGUGCCUAAUGAGGUCCCCGGACUCCAGGUUCUCAAGGAUGACCGUUGGAUCGAUGCCAAGUACAUCCCUAAUGCCCUUAUCGUCCAUAUUGGUGACCAGAUUGAGAUUAUGAGCAACGGCAAAUACAGGAGCGUGUUGCAUAGGAGCACAGUGAACAAAGAGAAGGCGAGGAUGUCGUGGCCUGUAUUCUUAGAGCCACCGGCAGAAUUUGUGGUGGGACCGGUGCCCGAGCUGGUUAACGAAGAAAACCCUCCCAAAUACAAGCCGAAGAAGUUCAAGGACUACGCUUUUUGUAAACUCAACAAGCUUCCCCAGUAACUAAUCCUACCAAGUAUCACGUCAAAGCAAAUUGAAACCAUGCGCGCUGCAUCUACGAGGUUUUCGUAUUGAAUGCAUGUAGUGGGCGUUCUAUAAUAAUAAUAAAAAGUUUGUUUCUUUUUCACUGCUAAUCAUAAACAUGUAUUGAAACUAUAAUUAUGCUUCAAGGACAUUCUUGUUUAAAGCCAUUUAAUUUUGAUUUAAUGCGAAGUACUACCCUUUUGAGUCGA